AAUAUAUAUAUAUAUGUUACUCUGAAUUGUGCUCUAUUUGGAUAUUGUAAAUCGGAGUCAAUUGGUCAAUUUAAGAAAAUCAGCUGAUACAGCAGCAAUUGUGCUGAUUUCUUGUGUUUCCACAUCUGGUCACACUCUGCAAUUAACCAUAAGCGAAAAACAAUUAAGUGCAAUAUAAUCAACAAAAGAUGGUGUGUGUGCCGUGCUUCAUAAUCCCGCUGUUGCUCUACAUUUGGCACAAGUUCGUGCAGCCAAUAUUGCUGCGCUAUUGGAAUCCCUGGGAGAAGAAGGACGCCCAGGGUAAUGUGAUCAAGGCGGGACCUGAAUUCCCCUUCGAGUGCAAGGGCGGUGUUUGUCCCUUUGUGCCCGGCAAGAAGAAGCAGCAGCAGGAUGAGCUAAACGAUGGCGAAGGUGGUGGCGAUGAGGAAACAACAACAACUACAACCACAACAAAGGGCGAAGAGCAAAACAAACUAGUGGAGAAUACAACAAAAACAGAGGCGACGACAACAGCAAACGAUGAGAGCAAAAAGCAAAUUUAGUUGAAAUUCUUUCGCAUUAAUAUUGUUCUUACAAACACUUUUAGAUAUUUGUGGUCAGCAUUCCAAGCACACAACAAACCCAACAACAACAAAUUACGCUUAACGUUGUUAAAUCAAAGAGCUAACUGUAAAUGCUAAUGUAAUGUAGUUUAAUCAAUCGAAAAACGGGACAAGAAACUAAAUAUGACUAAGCAAAAUCCAA